AUGGCCUCAAAAAGUGCUAUUUCCAUGUCAAACUCUCAUUCUCUCACAAACAAACCAAAAUCACGUACAUGCUUGUGCUCUCCCACUACACAUCCUGGUUCCUUUAGAUGUAGCAUGCACAAGAACAAGCCUCAAAGAUCCAUUCCUAAGAACCCCUUCAAAUCCAAUACCUCUCAUCAUUUGAAUGAAUCGGCGUCGUCGUCAUCAUCAUCUAUGGUUGUUAAAGCUAAUUCUUUGAAGACAUUUCUCUUGCAAGUUAUUAAGCCUUCUAGCCAUGAUGUUCAUAGGAGGAAGAAUUUUCAGCCUAAGCCUACUCGGUUUUGUUUGAUGAAUACUAGUAGAGAUGUUGUUACUGUUUCUUGA